AUAUUUUAGGUACUUCCCCUUAUAUUUGUUUGUUAUUGAUACACCCAUUUCUUCUAUCAACACGGAGUAUAUACAAUAACCUAAGUGAAUAUGUGACGGAAUUCGCAAAGACGAAUUUAUACUAAAAUCAUGUCCGGCCUGGGAACAAAUCCUAUUGUAUGCAGCAAUGGUUCAUUGAUGACAAACUAUGCAAGAAUUGGGCAUGCUGCACAACAAGUUUUUCCAGACAUUUUACAAGAUAUUAUCGCAAUAACAAAACCAAAACAUUGCCUUUAUGCUGACGUGACAAGCAAUAGGUUUCUUCACCGUAAUUUGCGAGCAGAUGAAUGGUCAAUGAUCAACAAUGUACGUACAAAUGGUUACGUAAACUUUGAUAUUCCAUUGGUUUAUAAACUUGUCAGAAAUUUAAAUUUAGUUCCUUCUCCGAGUAAAGGAUGGGAUUUUCACAUUCCUCCAGCAGCCACUGAAAUAUUACCUGGAGAUGAUAUUGAACGUAUCAGAAGGAUUAGAAAUGAAAUUCUUCACAGAGGGAAUGCGCAAGUAUCGGAUACUAGUCUAACUGAUUAUUUUUCCACUUUUAAAGACAUUGCUAUUCGAUUGGAGACUUAUAUUGGUAAGCCAAAAGGAGAAUUUGUACAGAAAUUUCAAAUCUUGGAGAAAUGUUGCAUGGAUGAAGAAACUGAAAAGACAUAUUUGGAACGUCUGACUAUACUAAGAGAACGGGACAUUAAUCUGUCUAAAGCUGUGGAAAAUAUACAAAAGGAUAUUGACUCUCUUCUGUGUAAAGAAAGUCAUCAGAUCGUAAUUGAAGAAUGGGAAGAACAAAAUAAAUUGUUCAUCAAAACAGAUGCCGUUGAUUUCAUUUUGAAAUCCUUGACUGACAAUAACUGCUGCACGGUUAUUGGUACAUCAGGAAUUGGAAAAUCUGCAACUAUUCAUCAUGUUGCACUAUUUCUACGCGACACUGAAGGCUAUCGUAUUAUUCCUAUACACAGUCCUUCCGAAAUCGACAAGUACUUUCAGAGAAAUCGUAAGCAAAUAUUUGUAAUCGAUGAUAUAUGUGGGAAAUAUACUGUCAUCCAAAUGGAAGUUGAAAAAUGGAUUAAACGAAAUGAUUCAACAAAUUGUGUGUUGAAACAUAAUAGUACGAAAGUAAUUGCCUCAUGUCGCAUUCAAGUGUUCAAUGAAAAUCAAUUUAAAAGAUUGAAGCUAUUUACUGAGAACUUUUGCAAUUUAUCUUCUAAAACCUUUUAUCUAUCAUCUCAGGUAAAAUUACAAAUUGCCCGCCAAUACUUACCCGAACUUGCGGUGGAACAUAUCAAAAAUGAUUUGGACAAUUACGAGUUCCUGCCUUUAAUGUUUGCAUUGUACAAAUCAUUAAGCAAGGAAAAUGAAAACAUUGACGUCGUUAAUUUUUUCAGAAACCCGUUUGAUAUAUACACUGAAGAAAUAGAUGCGCUGCAUUUGCUUCUCGACAAAACAAAAUUUUGCGCAUUGUUUUUCCUCGUUAUAUCUAAUGGAUCUUUAAAUGUAUCUCUCCUUACAAAUUGUGAAAGUGAACAAGAACGACAAAAAAGGGAAGACUUCUUUGAAAAUUGUGGAAUUCCGAGAAACACUCUUCGCCAGCGUAUACUUGAACAACUGGAAUCUCUUGUUCCUUUAUUUGUUAGAUCUAACUACGAUCGUUCUCGACAAGUUAUAUCAUUCUCUGCAAUACAUGAUAAAACGUUUGACUUUCUCAGUUUCUAUUUUGGCCAUAAGUUUCAGAAAUCAUUUUUACGAUUUGCUGACAGUGAAAUGUUAUACGAACGCACAAUGCUCAAAUCAUUAAUUUCACCGGAUAAGACAGUUGAGGAUUUCACCAUCUGGAUAGCUGAUUUCAACGAGGACGAGUUCUUUAAACGAAUAAUUGAUCAGUGGUCCAUGGGAGAUCUUGUUUCCCUUUUUUGCAGCAGGCAAAUGAGUUUGGAAAAAUGCAGAAGCAAACUAAUUGAUUAUCUGAAUAGAUUACCGGCAGACAGACGCAGAGAACUGAUAACUUUAAGCAUCGAAAAAAAAGAGUCAUUUGUUGAGUUUGAUUAUUGGUCUGAUGGUUGUUCCGGAUUACUUUCUCUCUCACCGUUGAGUUUAGCUUUUAAAAGAAAUUUUUCUGAUUUAAUAAGGUAUAUAUUAAAUUCUAUUAAAAAUACUAAGGGAGAAGGAUUUUCUAUUUUGCUCAUAAAAGCCUGUUCUGCGGGUCUUACAGAUGUUGUUAAGACAUUCAUAGACAAGGGUUCUGAUAUCCAUGUCACAGAUAUGGAUGGACUUACCCCGUUAAUAGCGUCAUGUAUAAAUAACAACAGUGAUAUUGUCAGGUUAUUGAUAGAAAAAGGAGCAGACGUUAAUCUAUCUGAUAUAUCAGGAGAAACCCCUCUUAUUUUGUCAUGUAAAAAUGGUAACAGUGACGUUGUCCGAUUAUUGAUAGAAAAAGGAGCAGACGUUAAUUUAUCAGAUCGAGAUGGACAUACCCCUCUCAUUUUGUCAUGUGAAAACAACAACAGUGAUAUUGUCCGAUUAUUGACAGAAAAAGGAGCAGAAUUACUUGAAAUUGAUGAAUAUGACAGAACCACUAGAUUAUGGUCAUAUCACAAUGACAACAGUGAUAUUGUCCGAUUAUUAAUAGAAAAAGGAGCAGAUGUUAAUGUUUCUGGGGAACUUGGACAAAUCCCUCUCCUUUGGUCAUGUAAAAAUGAAAACAGUGAUAUUGUCAGAUUAUUGAUAGAAAAAGGAUCAGACGUUAAUGUAUCUGAUAUGGAUGGAGACACCUUUCUUAUAUUGUCUUAUAACAAUAACAACAGUGAUAUUGUCCGAUUAUUGAUAGAAAAAGGAGCAGACGUUAAUUUAUCUGACAUGGAUGGAGAAACCCCUCUUUUAUUGUCAAGUAAAAUGAACAGUCGGGAUAUUGUCCGAUUAUUGAUAGCAAAAGAAGCAGACUUUGAUGUAUCUGACAAGAAUAGAAAAAACCCUCGUAUAUCGGCAUGUUACAAUGACAACAGUGAUAUUGUCCGAUUAUUGAUAGAAAAAGGAGCAGACGUUAAUUUAUCUAAUAAAAGAGGAGUAACCCCUCUUAUCAGGUCAUGUUACAAGAACAACAGUGCUAUUGUCCGAUUAUUGAUAGAAAAAGGUGCAGAAGUUGAUGUUUCUUUUAAAAAUGGAGAAACCCCUCUUAUAAGGUCAUGUUACCAGGACAACAGUGAUAUUGUCCGAUUAUUGAUAGAAAAAGGAGCAGAGAUUAAUGUAUCUGAUGGAGAUGGAAAAACUCCUCUUAUAUGGGCAUGUAGAUAUGACAACAGUGAUAUUGUCCGUUUGUUGAUAGAAAAAGGUGCAGAAGUUAAUGUACCUAUUGAAAGUGGAGAAACCCCUCUUAUAUGGUCAUGUAAACAUAACAACAGUGCUCUUGUCCGAUUAAUAAUAGAAAAAGGAGGAAACAUUAAUGUUUCUGAUAUAAAUAGAAUAACCCCUCUUUUAGUGGCAUGUAACAAGGACAACAGUGAUAUUGUCCGAUUAUUCAUCGAAAAAGGAGCAGACAUUAAUGUAUAUGAUGGAGAUGGAAAAACUCCUCUCAUAUGGUCAUGUAAACAUGACAACAGUGAUUUUGUCCGAUUAUUAUUAGAAAAAGGAGCAAAGAUUAACGUCUCUGAUUUUGAUGGAAUGACUGCUUUGUUAUAUGCGUCCAAAAGUAGAUUUUCCGACAUAGUUGAAGAACUGAUACUGAACGGAGCUGAUGUUCUCUUAGCGGAUAAAAAUGGGAAAACGCCAUUGAUGUAUGCGAAUGAAAACAAAGAUCGUAAAAUUGAAAACUUUCUUAGUAAACACCUAUAUAAAUUACACAUUUUUGAUAGAAAGCGUAAAAUAUCUAAAAACGAAACUGAUAUUGAAGUCAAUUAUGAACGAGAAGCGAAGUUUUUGAAAUUUGAGAAGGAUAAAGAUUAAAAGCAAGUGUUAGUUACUAACCAUAAAAUGUACAACCUAUUUCACAACUCCGAAUUGUUUGAUUUUUUUUUUUGUUAAAAUAUGAACAAAUUCUUAGGGAAUUGAAAAAA